UGAAAAUACGCUAUGGAAAAACAUUAAAUAUCAUUUUCAUUUGGAAUAGCAGACCUCCAAACAUUUAAAUGAAUGAAAAUUUCAAAAACAAACAAAUAAAUAAAUAAAUAGACACAAUGUAACAUAUCUCCUGAGAUCACGUUUUGUCAACAUCAGCGUUUUUAAAUAUAUUAAGUAUUUCUUUACUGAAAAAAAUCAAUAAAAAUUCACAAAUCACAAACAUUAACCAUGAUUAUGAACCUGAUUCAGCAGCUGACUAUGAGAGAAUACCACAUCCUAGAAAAUCUGCAAAAACUCUGCUAGAAACCUACCUGUAUAUAUGUAAGAAAAGAUAUGAAAUGGUGUAUAAUUGACUUUCUUUACUUCCUGGUAACCUAACCUGUAAGAAUGAGUAAGGAAUAAAACCCUCGGGGGCAUGUUGUUACAGGAAAAUAAUCACUGAUAGGGUGGAAACUUGCCAACACUAACCAUUUUUAUUUAUUACAUGACACAUCAUACUUUUAUAUUCAUUUAUAAUUAUAUUUAAUGCUGUUGGACUUCAGAAAAACAAGUUAUUGCAGAGGAUUGUGUGUGGACUCAUGAUGUAUUACGCCAAUAAAUCCUGAGUUGGUGGGUGGGGGUAUUUGUCAAAGGGAUUUGUCAGUAGCGUCUUCUUUCACAAAAACAAAUAUUGCAGUUUUACGAUUUUGUAUUUACGGUAAUGUUCAGUUGUACGUUUCAUUAUGUUUUUGUUUUCUCUCCUUUAGGAAUACUCCAUUUCCUUGCUUUGUUGAAAGCUGUGUGGUUCUCUCCAUGUCUUCAAGGCCAUGUGUUAAUACCCGCCUUGUGUUCCGGCUCCACGAGAACGCUCCAGACGUGGUGCAUGAGGUGCUCCGGGAGGAGUUCGACCCUCAGGAGCAGGAGGAAGGAGACUGGAAUCUGUACUGGCGCAGCUCGGCUUUCCGCAGCUCAGGCUAUGAGAAUGUGUUGUACUUUCAGAGGCUGAAUCAUCACCCUAAAACAGCGAUUAUCUCACGCGAGGAUUGCCUGGCACAGAAUCUGAGAAGAAUGAGAGGCAGGUACGGCCCUGCGCUUUAUGACUUCAGUCCCCUGGCCUUCAUCCUGCCAAACGAUUACACCAGGUUUCUGGAGGAGUACGAAAAAAACAGAGGAAAGCGCGUGGACUGGAUCUGUAAGCCGGUGGAUCUCUCUCGAGGGAGGGGUAUAUUUAUCUCUGAGAAUAUCAUACACUUGACUUAUGCCUCACCAGUGAUUGUACAGAAAUAUAUAAGCAACCCGUCUGAUCUGCGCAUCUACGUGUGUGUGAAGAGUUUCCGUCCUCUUACGAUCUACAUGCACCAGGACGGCGUAGCGUGUUUCCAUCCAUCUUCUAUACCGCUUAUCCUUUUCAGGGUCACGGGGAAACCUGGAGCCUAUCCCAGGGAGCAUGGGGCACAAGGCGGGGUACACCCUGGACAGGGUGCCAGUCCAUCACAGGGCACAAUCACAUACACACUCACACACCCAUUCAUACACUACGGACACUUUGGACACGCCAAUCAGCCUACCAUGCAUGUGUUUGGACUGGGGGAGGAAACCGGAGUACCCGGAGGAAACCCCCGCAGCACGGGGAGAACAUGCACACUCCGCACACACAGGGCCACAGUGGGAAACAAACCCCCAACCUUGGAGGUGGGAGGCAAACGUGAUAACCACUAAGCCACCGUGCGCCCCGUAGCAUAUUUCACGACUGAUAAAUACGACCUGGCAUCUCUAGACAACCUGUUCUCUCACCUCACAAAUCAACAAAUUGGGUUUAUUCUACAGCACGGAUAAAGAGUGCGUAGGUCAGGGGUGUAAGUGGGCCAUGAGUAAAUUCCGCAGCUUCCUUCACAGCCAAGACAUCAGUGAAGUUCAGCUCUGGCAAAAAAAUCAGCUGUGUGGAGCUGUUUGGAUUUGAUAUCCUCAUCGAUUCCAACUUCAAGCCUUGGCUUUUAGAGGUCAAUUACAAUCCGGCACGUUCUUUGGACUGUCCUGUUGAUAUAAAGGUCAAAAAA